AUGAAACUACUCAAGAUCGGCAGUUGGAGAAACAGCAUCGCAUCUUCCUGGCUUAUAAGAUUCAGUCUUUUUUGGCUUCUUAGUCAGAAUUGUUGCAGAGCCAGUGCUGUUUGGACCGCUUACAUGAACAUAUCAUUUCACGUGGGGAAUCGUAUGUUGUCAGAGUUGGGGGAGACUGGAGUAUUUGGAAGAAGCUCCACUUUGAAGAGAAUAGCAGGAGUUAUCGUGCCACCAGAAGGGAAAAUUCAAAAUGCUUGUAAUCCCAGCACCACUUUUGGCAGAUCAACAAACUCAGAGAGGUGGCUCGCACUUAUUGAACGGGGAGGUUGUACCUUCACACAGAAAAUUAAAGUGGCUGUUGAGAAGGGAGCCAGCGGAGUGAUCAUUUAUAACUUUCCAGGAACUGGCAAUCAGGUUUUUCCCAUGUCUCAUCAGGUAUUUGAAGACAUUGUCGUGGUGAUGAUUGGUAACUUGAAAGGCAUGGAGAUCUUGCAUUUAAUUCAGAAGGGAGUUCACGUUACAGCUAUGGUUGAGGUGGGGAGGAGACACUUCAUCUGGAUGAAUCACUAUUUUGUCUCUUUUGUGAUCGUCACAACCGCUACUUUAGCAUAUUUCAUCUUUUAUCAUAUUCGAAGACUUUGGGUAGCAAGGAUUCAGAACAGGAGAUGGCAGCGAUUAAGAAGAGACCUCAAGAAAGCAUUUAGCCAGCUUCAACUUCGGGUGCUAAAGGAGGGGGACGAGGAAAUAAGUGCAAAUAGAGAUAGCUGCGUAGUUUGCUUUGAACUCUAUAAGCCUAAUGAUACAGUUCGUGUUUUGACUUGUAAACAUUUUUUCCACAAGAAUUGCAUUGACCCCUGGAUUCUAGCCCAUGGGACAUGCCCCAUGUGCAAAUGUGACAUUCUUAAGGCUUUGGGGAUUCAAGUGGAUGUUGAAGAUGGAACAGAAUCUUUGCAAGUUCUAAUGGCUAAUGAAUUACUUGGUACCCUAACACCUAGUGAAGAGGGGACGAAUAAUGAACUUUCUCCUGCAGGAAGGGCAGAUAAAGUGACUCCUGUGGAGGAGGAGGAGCACCCUGUCUGUCAGAAUGCCAGCCAGCCUAAUUCAGUAGUGGCAGAAGUUCAUCCUUCACCUUGA